AUGUACGCCCCGCCUCAUAAUUCUCCUCCGGUACCAGUGCAGCAUCGCAAAAUACUCGUUGAAGAGACUUCGGUAGCGCCGCGCGAGGACACAGACUCCGCUAUUCCACCAUUACCUCCAACAUCUAUCUCUCUUCAUGCGGACACAUUACCUAUAUCAUGUCCGGGAUGCGGCGCAUAUGCGCAGACGAUAGAUUCGAAUGAGCCGGGGUUCUAUAGUCGGACUCGCAAGAAGGCGAAGCAGUUGUGGCAUAAGAAGCAGCAAGCGAUUGUCAAAGAGCAGCGUGCAAUUUCAUCUCAAGAUGGCGAGGGUACGGAUGAUGGAGCCACCGGUUCAGAUCCUUUAGAUAAAGCUGAAACCACUACACAAGAUCUACAAGAUGAAAGCACCUUCCUCGCAGCUACAGAAUACAUCCAAUCCACAGCCCAAUACACCCAAAUUUGCGAUCGAUGCCAUGACCUACUACACCACAACAAAGGCGUAUCCAUCCCUUCACCAUCCAUCGACUCCAUCGCCGCCUAUCUCGAAGAAUCACCCCAUAGAAUAAACCGUGUAUACCACAUAAUCGACGCCGCCGAUUUCCCCAUGUCCCUCAUCCCCAAUAUCUACGAAGCACUCGACCUCCAAGACCAACGGUCACGAAAUCGACGGUCUAAGACUGAGAAAUAUAAGUAUGGCAAGCGGAUGACUACGAUAAAUUUUGUAAUUACGCGUGCGGAUCUGUUGGCUGCGACAAAGGAUCAGGUUGAUUCGUUGAUGAAGCGGAUUCGGGAGAUCAUUCUUAAGAAGCUGGAUAUGAGUCGGGAGGAUGUUAGGUUGGGCAAUGUGCAUAUGAUUAGUGCUCAUCGCGGGUGGUGGACGAGUCAAGUCAAGGAAGAGAUUCGGCAGCAUGGUGGUGGUGUAUGGAUAGUCGGGAAAGCGAAUGUUGGGAAGAGCAGUUUUAUCGAGUCUUGUUUUCCGAAGGACUCGAAAAACCUGGACAAGAUUGCGCAAUUAUUGGAGAGUCGGAAACUGGAGAACAGUCUCAAGAGUUCCAACAACGAAACUCCAGAAGCGACUCCAUUCCUAGACCCAGAUGCCCUUCUGCCACCUGCACCACGCGAAGAACUCUACCCAACGCUCCCUGUUGUCUCAAGCCUUCCAGGAACGACCGUUGGGCCAAUUCGAAUCCCCUUUGGCCGCGGCCACGGCGAAAUGAUUGACCUCCCGGGUCUCGACCGCGGCACACUCCAAGACUUCAUGCUCGACGAGCACAAACCGGACCUGAUAAUGACCAAACGCAUCAACCCGUCCGAACAACUCAGCAUCCGCGACAGGCAGUCCCUCCUCAUUGGCGGUGGACUAAUCAGAAUAACUCCCAAGGACGUCCCCGAAGAUUUCACGAUACUAGCAGCGUGCUUCGUCCCACUCGAAACGCACGUCACGCGUACCGAAAAGGCAAUCGAAAUUCAGUCAGGGGUGAGGAAAUACAACACCGGCGGCGGCGAUAGAGGCAACAGCGUCAUCAAACCCGAACAUCUGGGCGAAGAAGCCACCACAAUCCGAUCAGCAGGCACAUUCACCCUCUCCACAGACGUAACGCUAAACCAUUUACCAAGCAUGAUCAAAAAGAAAUGGGAAGAUCACGGCAUACGCCCCAAUCUCGACACCUUGCCGUACCGCGUCUAUUCCACAGAUAUACUUAUCGAGGGUUGCGGAUGGAUUGAGUUGACUUGUCAGGUGCGCACCAGACGAUACGAAGCGGAGCACGACUUGCCCAGAAUAGAAGUCUUCACCCCCCUCGGAAAACACGUCGCUGCAAGGCCGCCGCUAGAAACAUGGAACUUCAUUCGGGAUAAACGUAAAGCUGAGAAGAGGAAGAGGUUUACGUCGGGAGCUCAUAGACCGCGGAGGGGGAAUAUAAGUCAUAAGAAGAGGACGUUGCAUGGUGGGAAGGGUGCUUAG